AUGUCGGUGGUCCAAGGCACGCAGCGCGCAUUCUCAUUCAUGGGCCUUUCGUACGGAGCUGUGUCCGCUGUCGACAAGGGGACGGAGCACCUCAGAUGGAUGGGAGAGACCCGGUUCACAGUGGGGGGCCUUUGUGAAAUCAUCAAGAAGAAUCGCUAUGGCCUGAAGAUGGCGUAUCUCCCAUCUGCCGGCCUGCCACCUGAGGCCGCAGAUGACAAGCUUGAGAGUGCCACAGACAAGCGUGAGAGUGCCGCAGACAAGCACGAGAGCGCCUCAGACAAGCGGCCGUCCUCGGCACAGAUCCUGGACAGCGACCAAGGCAGCCAUCAUCGCUUGCUGCCCGAUGCCACCUCCAGUGAUCCUCAUGAAGGCGGGGAUGGCGCCUCAACGGAGGGCAAGCAGGAAGGCCGUGCCACCGUCGACGGGACCAGACCGGAACAAAAAGAUGCCACCGAUUUUCCAGGCGUUCCGCUCUGUGGCCUCACGCCCGAACUAUCUGACUGGUUCCUAAAGGCCGUCAUGGGCGGGAGGGGGAGCGUGGCGUCAGAGGGCCACGGCGACUGGAGGGCUGCGGACAUCGAUGACGUGAUGACGCUCAGUGCCAUGAACAUCCCAUGGGCCGCCACAAACUACCACCUAGCGCCGCGGGCAGAGCUGGGCAACGGAUGCAUGGAGGUGCUAUACAUCAACAAGGCCAGCCGCGGCCAGAUGCUGGACUUCAUGCUGAAGGCCGAGAGGGGCGCCCACAUGGACCUGCAGGUGCUGCGGUCGUUGCGCGUGUCCAGCCUGUGGCUGGGUCCCAAGGCCCGGACGUCUAUCGUCAUGGCCGACGGGGAGGUCAUGAGCUGCGAGCCCACCUACGUGGAGGUCCACCCCAGGCUGUGCCGGGUCCUGGUCGCCAAGUGA